AUGGCAUUAAAUGAUGCAUUAAAUAAAUCAACAUUAACGCUUCACUCAUCAAAAAAAAUUGGACGAUUGCUAAUGCCAAAUGGUAAUGGAUCUACAGUCUGCAUUGUGGUAUUACCCCACCUUAUAUCAACUCAAAUACCUUAUAUAUAUCCCAAUCAAUAUGGUCUUACUGUCAAUGGUGAAGUGUUUCAACAGCAGCAAAUGCACCAUCAACAACAACUGCCAAUGCAUCAGCCACAACAACCACAGCAACAACAUCAAAUACAACAACAGCCACAACAACCGCAGCAACAACAUCAAAUACAACAACAGCCACAACAACCGCAGCAGCAACAUCAAAUACAACAACAGCCACAACAGCAGCAUCAAAUACAGCAACAACAACUACCAAUGCAUCAGCCACAGCAGCAACAUCAAAUACAUAAUCAACAACAACAACAACAGCCGCAAAUGUAUCCUCGGCAGCCAUACUAUCAAGGAAAUAUGCAAGAUCCAUCGAUUCAAUCUUCUGAAUCUAUCCAACCAAUGCAACCUCUACAGCCGUUUGUUAAUAAUUUCCAACCAGCUGAAAAUGAUCAUCUAAAUGGUCAAGUUCCUGCUUUAUCUCCAAUCGGUUCAAGUGAACGUUAUUUAGUUGGAAAUUUAUCUGAAUCAUUUUCAUUUCAAGUUGCACCACCAUCAACAAAAGUAACACACUUAGGUUUAAAUGGUUAUUCAUUAUAUAUUGUCGGUAUUGGCUUAUCAGAUAAAUCGAAAUUCCAGUACGAUGAACAAAAUAAUCAUUUGACUAUUCUUUCACUUGAUUCAACGACAGUUGGAUAUUACUCAGCAGUUGAUGCUAAUUGGCAAACCUUUGUUAACAUACUUAGUGCUAUCAAUGUUUCUUCGUUAAAAAUUCAUAAUUCUCAUACUAGUGAAGAUAAUAAUGGUUCAUCUCUUGUUUCUUGUUCCGUAUCAAUAAUUCGUUCAACAUUUAAAUUAAGCGAACCACCUUCAUCGUCGAAUAAUCUUGCUAUUCCAUCGCCAUCUUCGUUACCAUUAUCGUCACGAACAUCAGCAGUUUUGGCCGGUACUGAAAAUUUACCUCGCCUUGAUUUAUUCUUAUCAUCACGCGUACAACAAUCAGCGCUAUUAAACAAUAAAAUCUAUAAUGAUACAUUAAAUGAAUAUGUUUUUACACGUACCAUAUCAAUACAACGCCCAUUAACGCGAGUUGAUCACAAUGGAACAGUUCAAUGUCAAGUUGAAUCAAAUAAUAAUAAUGGUGUUUUUCUUAUCAAAACACUUCCAAUUGAUGUAGCAUAUGGACCUAAUUUAGAAGCAGGUGCUCUACCGGCUGUUAAUUUAGAAAGUCGAACGUCAAACUCAAUCUCAAUGGAAUGUCAAAUAGAAGCAAAUCCAACUCCAUCAUAUAUUUGGUAUGACAUGUUAAAUAAUAAUUCAACAGGAAUGAUGCCAUAUUAUGGUCAACAAAAUCCUUAUGGACAACAAUAUCCAUUACAAUCUCCAUUAAAUAUGCCCAUGAGUGGAUUAACUGUAUUUAGUACAACAAGACAAAUACAAAGAUUGUAUCAACAUCCAGGACAAUAUGCUAUGCAAUGUCAAGCACAAUCACGGGGAAAAACUAUUAAACAAGACUUUUUUAUUACAGUUUUACCUUCAUCAGAUCGAUUAAAAGCAGGCACAGAUGGAAAUAGAGAAAAAUCAAACAAAACUGCAAUUAUUAUUGGACUGAUCAUCGGUGGUAUUUUCCUUCUGGUUCUUGUUGGUAUCAUCAUAGGUGUUAUCAUAUUUUUAAAACGUCGUAAACCUGAUGUCAAUGAAAACCGUUCACUAUCUUCGAAAAAAUCAACAAAUGAUAAGCAAGGAAAACUUCGUUGGGGUAACAAUAGUAAUUUGCCAAUUGAUCAUUCGAAAUAUAAACAUGAAGCAUUGAAAGGCGAUUCAUCAUCAACAUCACAUUUAGUUGAAUCUGCUGAGAGUAGUACAAGUCAUGCUCCACCGAUUCCAAACCGCUCAUCACCAAUACCAAGUACGCAUUCAUCAUAUCGUCAAGUUCCUGUUUCUCUUCCACUUGCAUAUCAAGAAGCCAAUGCAUUUCCAGGUUCUCGUCGGCCUCCACCAACGCGUUCUUAUUCGCCUGAUCAAGAUGAUGGAGAUGAAAUUAAUGCUAGCAUUAAUGCAAUGCCAAUAACAACAAAUCGAUCACGAACAACAACGCCUUUUGGCUCACGCAAAUCCCUUUCAGAAUCAAUUCAAUCUUUAAGAUCUAAUCAACAACCAGCUUUAUCAUUACCUGUUAAAAAACGUUCACAGGAAGCUUCAACAUUACCUUCAUCAACAAUACCAAAACGUGAUCAACAAACACCUUCACCAAAAUUAUUUAGCACUAAAAAAGAUUAUCAACAUCAUCAUUAUCAUAAUCCAGCACAAUUAAGAGCUCAACAACAAGCAAAAAAUAGCGAUGCAUCAUCAGAAGAAGAUGAAUCAAAACAUCAACAACAAUUAAAUAAUGCCACCGAAGAUUCAGCUUUUCUUCCGAAAAAAUUUACAUUUCGUGUGCAAGCCGGUCCUGUGCCUCCAACAAAAGCAUCAAUCAGUAAUAAUCAAAAGGAAUAUCAACAACAGCAUGGACGUCGCGUAAGAACACCACCGCCACCUCAACAAAUGGUCGUUCAUCAACCAACAGCCGUACAUCAUGAUGAACCUCCACCAUCUUAUCGCCAAGCUGCUAAUUCAGCUUCUUUAUCUACUGCUUAUGUGUAUCAAGAACCAACUGAAGUUUAA